AUGUCAGGUUGGUUUGCUAGGACAUUAUUCCAAGGUGGAAAAGAGAUUCUCCUCAAGUCAGUGGCAAUGACUAUGCCGGUCUAUGCAAUGUCAUGCUUUAAGCUCCCCAAGAAAACGUGUGAGAACCUAACAUCAGCAAUGUCCGCAUUUUGGUGGAAUUCUACAGAAGAUAAAAGAAAGAUGCACUGGAUUGGGUGGAAAAAGCUCUGUAUCCCUAAACAUUUAGGAGGGCUAGGCUUCAAGGAUAUCCAAAUCUUCAAUCAGGCUCUUCUUGCUAAACAGGCUUGGAGGAUCUUGCAAGAUGAAGACUGCUUGUUUGCCAAGUUUAUCAAAAGUAGAUACUUCCCAGACACUGAUUUCCUCAAUGCUGUUUUGGGGGAUAGACCUUCUUUUGCGUGGAGAAGUAUUCUACAUGGGAGGAAUCUUUUGAAAAGAGGGCUUCGACAAAUGGUUGGGAAUGGAGCAAAAAUUUCGGUCUGGACCACUAGGUGGCUGUUAGAUGGUGUGAUGAGAGCUCCACUUAUGAAAAAUGUCAUUUUUGAUCUCGACCUGCUGGUUAAAGACCUGUUGGACCCAACUACUCAGACUUAG